AGAAAUAUCACGGACCGGAAAGUAAAUGGAGUGACAUCGAGCAGUGGAUGGUAUGAGUAUCGUGUUUGAGGGCUGCGCAGAUGCUGAAUUACGAUAGCGGUUCCAGAUAUUCCUUGUCGUUUUCGUAUAUCGACGAGAUUUCUGUAAACUAGACACGGUUUAGUUACCUCGGCUCACGUCUUAGUGUCACCAAGGUGACUUACACUGUGUUGCCAUGAGACCAUGUUGAUGCCCUGGUGAUCUAUAGGAAGCCAUGAGCUUCUCUGCUUCCCUGUUGUUAUAACAAUAACAACAGUGAGGUGGGUCUGAUCCUGCAGUUGCAGUUUUUUAGCUGAUGUUGAAGGCCCCAUUUGAUACUUCCGUCUGUGUUUAGAGAUAUCAACUAAUUAACAUGCUCUGUAAAAGUCGUCAGACAAUUAUGUUGCUGAAGGGCAUUAAACAUGGCAACAUGGUCCAUAAGUUCAAGAUCAGAGGUCAUUUCACAAAGCUGGAUUGUCAGUGUCGGCUGAUUUUAUCAAGAUUUUCCCCCCUGAAGUACAAUCUUCAGCUAAGAGACUUGCUUUGUGAAAUUCUCCAUGUCGCAUUUUAUGUUGCAUGCAUUAAUCGGUUCAGCUUGGCGUGCAUGCCCCCCUUCAUUCGGUGCAUGGGUUUUGUUCUGGGAUUAGAUGUUUACAACCAGUGCUUGCCUGUUGAGUCCAUGUAAGCUAGCAUAGAGUUCUGAAGGAUUACUUGUCUUGGUCAAUGUGAUCCACAUUCCGCAGGGUGUUACAGAUGCAUGUGUAGUUCAUGUGAUCUUUUCUUUAAGAUGCAGUUGCAGUCAGCGGGAACUGAGUAGGUCCUAACUGACUGGGGCUGAUCUGCCAGGUUUAUGUAUGGGUACUGGGCGGCGAGGGCAGUGGUGCAGGCAGAAAUGCCUGACUGCAGGGGUCGGGCUGGCAUUGAGGCAAGCAAAGUGAACUCUGAGGACAGACUUGGCCAAAGAGCGAUCGAGUUUGCACUUUGCUGUGGUGUUUUGUCACUUUUCAGUAUGAAGCAUGUGCAUAUCCUGUGUCGACUGUAAACUUUGUUUGGUGUUUUUUGGCUGCGUUUACAAUGAUACCUCUCAACAUCUUCUCUCUUCUUCUCACCUCUUCUCUCUCUGCUCAUUAGGAGGAGAGUGAGAGGUAUUCCUACCACUCAAGGAGAUGCACUUCGAUAUCAGAUGAUGAGGAACGCAUGUCAGUAGGGAGUCGUGGGAGUCUGAGGGUGGAGGACAGGGACAAAGACCACCUGGAGAAGGGUUCCCGGGCUGCCUCCACCCUCGCCUCUCUGAGCCGGGCGUCCUCCAGGAGAGGAAGUGGCGACGCCUCUAACUGGGCAGACCCUGAAACGUCUGUGCGAGAAAUGAAGGACUCUGUGCUGGAGGUGGAGCAGAAGUAUCGCAAGGCCAUGGUGUUCAAUGCCCAGCUGGACAAUGAAAAGUCUAAGCUGAUGUACCAGGUGGAUGUGCUGAAGGACUCGCUGAUGGAGCUGGAGGAGCAGCUGUCGGAAUCACGCCGCGAGCAUGAGGAGAAGUCAAAGGCAUUAGAACGGGAGAGACACGCCCACAACAUCCUGCAGUUCCAGUUCAGCGAGCUGAAGGAGAUGCUCAAGCAGAGUGAGGAGCUGCUCACUGAGAACCGUAAGUUGAGUCUCAAGCAGGAUGGCUAUGUUAGGGAGAUUGCAGACCUGCAGGAGACUCUGGAGUGGAAAGAUAAAAAGAUUGGGGCCUUAGAGAGGCAGAAGGAGUUUUCUGAUGCUAUCCAAAACGAGCGCGAUGACCUCAGGAAUGAGGUGUUUCAGCUGAGAGAUACUUUGAAGAAACACGGCAUAGUUCUGGGGCCUGAUCUUAACGCCAAUGGAGAGACGGAAGGUGUGAUUGACAGACUUGCCAACACAGACUCUGCCACACGAUCGGCCAAAGAUUCCCAGCCGAGUCAGACCGGUGGUGACAGCAUGCUAGCUGCACACGAUUUGGCCCUACAGUUCUCUUCUAAUGGUCUUCCAGGCAAAGCCACAGAGGGUCAGAUGGAAGGUAAAGAGUUACAGGAAGGGGGCAGUAGAGAGCUGGUGGCGAAGGCUGAGAACCACAUAGAUGAACAGCAGAGGCAACGGGAGGAGGCGGAGUCACUGGAAGGCAGUGCUGCUGAAAGUGCACAGCAGAACCAGGGUGAAAGAGAGCCGUCUUCACCUAUUCCCUGCAGCCAGGCCAGUGCGCCUCCUACAGGGAAUCCCGAGAGAGCCCAAUCCGACUCCCUCAUGGGGUCUGGGCUUGAGAUGCAUUACAGUCAACACAAUUCAGAGGCUAACUUUGUGGCUCAAGACAAUUAUGAAUUGAAUGUGCUUAAUGGCACAGAGGGUUCCAUCACGAGGGAAGAAGAGGGUGGAGACAAUGGGGUGGGGAACGCAGAUCUGGUCGACGGGGGGAUAUCGAGUACUGAAGGACAAACGGCGAGUCUGGAGGGUGGAACGGGAAUCGAAAAUAGAUCAGGCAGCACAGCCGAUGGGAACCACCAGGAUAACCUGGCAGCAGUGAAUCAAGAGUCCAGUGAUAAGACUGGAGAUAUGGAAUCUGAGAGUGAGAGUGUCAGAGAUGUUAUGCGAGAAGAUGAAUCUAACCAAACCAGUGACGGCACCAGGGACGCGAAUGAGGAGGCUGGAGCAGCAGCUUCUGUGGGUGCUGAACCACAGCCCUCUCCUGCAGAAAGUACAGACAAGGACCAGAAAGAAGAAUGUCCGAAGGAGUCAACUUUGAUAGAAGGGGGUGACGAGACGGCUGAAAAGAUAUCUGUCAACCUGAAGCACGAAACUGCUGAUGUGGUUUUGGAACCAAAGGAAAAACAGAAGAAAGGAAAAGGUGUGAAGACCGCCCAGCAACAGGCAAAGAGGAAGGGGACCAGCGAGAAGGUUUCAGCUCAAGCCGUUACUACGUCUUCACAGCCAGAGGAUACUGCUGCUUCUGGCAAAAAGAAGAAAAGGAAAAAGAAAGCCAAGCAGAAGCAGAAACUCGCUGAGAAUCCAGAGGAAGCUAAACAGGUAGACGAGGAGGAGCAGGAGAAGGUGAAUUAUUGCACGGGGACUACUUCGGUCAAAGAGUUGGAGACGGAUCAUUGGACAGUAGAUCCUUCAGCUGAGGAAUGUCAGACUGAAACUGUGGAGGAAACUGAAAUCAAAACAUUAAAUCAGGCUCUGCAGGAUGAUGAGAUGGUGGACAAGGAGGAAAAAACAGAGCAGGAAGGAGGAAAUCACAGUGAAGUGUUGGAGAGCAAGAACGUUGAGGAGUGCCAUUUAUCCACAGAUAUCCUUGCGGGUGGCAUUGGCAUCAAGCAUGAAGAGGAUAAGCCAUCAGAAAGUUCUUCCCUCCAGGAGGAAGAGAUAAGCAAAGCCUUAGGUGAUGGGAUCAAGCAUGCUAAUGUAGAAAACACAUUCAGCCUUGAGGCUUUUACUGAUGAACCUAUUGGCUCUGAUUUUCCUAAGGAGGCACAAAUCCCACAAGAAGACCUGAGUAGAAGUGAUUGUUAUCUGAAGGCUGAGGGAAAUGUCCAGGAGAUUGAAGGUGCUCAGGAUAACUUAAUAAAAUAUGGCACUGAGAGUGAAGGUGCACUGCUUGAAGGAACAGAGACUGAGGAGAUGGAUAGCUGUGAAGAAGCUGAGGUGCUGGUAAAAGAACACCUGUCAGAACAUCACAAAGAAGACCAUGCCUGCAGUGAAGAUGUUGAGUUGCAGGAAAGAGUAGAUGCACAAAGCCAUGUAACUGUAAAUAAGGAGUUAGCUGCUGAUGUUCUGGUUAAGGACAACGUGCUCGAGAGGGAAGUAACAGGGCAAACUGAACAUUUGUUUGAGGAGGAAAAUGACUCCUGUGAGGAGCCACCUGAAUGCAUAAUAGAGGAAGGUGCUGAAUUAACAGAUUCCCAAAACACAGAGUCAACAUCUGUUGAACUAACAGUGCCAAACCAAGUGGAAAUGGUGAAUCCAAGCAUAUCUGAGAAAUACGAUGAGGGUGAAUCAAAGUUAGAAGAGGUGGACUUGCAACCAAAAGAGCUGGAAGAUGAUGAUGAUGAAGAAGGAGGAGAGUCAUUCCAGUUUGAUGAUGAUUUAGGGUUGGAUUUGGAAGCAUCUAAUAAUACAAUUACCAGCAGGCCACAUGAAGACAAUAGUUUGGAAGAAAUAUCCACAAAUGAAGGAAAUGCUGAUGAAGACAAAGAAGCAAUGUCAGGAGAAAACCCUGAUUCCAGAGCAGAAAAGGAAUCUGGGAAUGGUCAGUGCCAGGAUCCCAGUAUAAGAUCCCAUCCUGAUGUACAGGAUGAGGGGAAUUCAUCUGCAGAUGUUUUGGGAACAAUGAAGGUGGAGCAGAUGUCUGAUGGGUCACAGUCAGUCCUGGAUUCCGUGGAGGAAGGGGAAGAGGCCGUGGCAUUUGUGGGAGGAAGUCAUUCCAAUGAGGAGAGCCAACCAACAGAAGAGCCACCGGAGGGCAGUGAAGAGCAAGUUGACGCAGGCUCAGCCAAAGGCAGUAAGAAGGGCAAGGGCAAGGGGAAAGAAGACUGUCGCAUGGCCUAGUUCCUAGGCAAGUCAGUGCAGUAUGAAAUGCCAGAUCACGGAGGACCCAUAUGCACAGGACAUGAACUGUAAUAAGGUCGUGUCAGGGUACAUGACAUAAACGUUUGAAUACAUUUAUGGACACAUCCUGCUGUGUAAGCAUAGAGUAAACGCUGAUUAUAGUAAUUUAACAAAAAGUUGCUAAUUCAUGCCAUGUAAGGUUACAAUGUAGUGUCCUGUUCUUUUUUAUUUUUCUUAUUUGAUUUUCCGUCAGUCUUUAUGCUCUGUUAUAAGAAAAAAAUAUCCUGAAACAGAUUGAUUUAAGGCAAUAAUUACGAAGGUUUAAAACCCAGUAACACUAUCGCUCACAAAUUUGGGGACCACUUUUUGUCAUACGGAAAUCAGUCAGCUGUGUGACUGUAACGCUUGCUGGUGUCCCACGUGUCUAACUCCACACAUGCGUGUUUGGCCAGAAAGGACAUUUAGUAAGUAACUUGUGGUCUGCUGGAGUCUGAAUUGUCCACAGGAAAUUGCACUGAAUGUACCAGCCAUGUUCCAUUUUGCUUUGAUUGCAUUUGUUUAGUAGUAUUUGGGAUAGUACAAGAGAAAAAAUGAUCACUUUAAACCAGCUUACAUCUUUGAAAAUUUAUUUAUUUCUGUAGAGAUAAUCCUGUUUUUUUUUUUUUCCCUAGCAUUUGUUAAUGGCUGGUGAAAUAUCCGCUGGGUAUCAGGGUUUUUGUAAAAUCAUUUUGUUAGCAUAGCAACAUGGUAUUUGCUGUAAGCUAAGAGCAUGCAGAAUAACGUCGACUGAUACCAUGUGAAGUACUAGACGGUGUUUAUGUUCUAUUUUACAUUUGUGGUUUUUUUUUUGUACACUUUAUAUUUUCUUUACAAAGCAGAUUUUUCCUGGAGGACUGUUUUUAAGUUAUUUAGUGCCCUGUAACCCUGUUUCCAACACCCAAGCUAAGUAUAUAGGAGUGUGUAACAUGGUGUAUUAAUGAUUGAUGUAUCGAUGUGUUGCAGCCAGUGAUGGUCUAAAUAUUGCAGUGGAAUCCAUGGCCCAUUCAGAGAGGGCCGUUAUCUGCAUCUGAGAAUCUGUAGCCUGCCAAUGACCGUUACACCAGUACAAUGAUGAUAGUUUAAGUUGUUGCUUCAUUCUGAUCCUUGUACCCAUCUGAUCCUUAUUUCUUAAAUUCUUGUGUUCUAUCGAUGCAGAGUAGACUUUACAAAAUUUGUCACUUUGAUAAAUUAAGCUAAGCCCUUGGGGUCUCUCCUAGCCCAUGAACCGACUGUUAAAUUGAGUGUUUAUACAUAGUGUUUCCAUCUGCAUUCCUCUUAGUGUGGGGUGGAGGCCCAUGACUGGCUACUCUGCUCAUCUACCCUGGUUGCAGUACAUAAAUAUAAAACCUACUACUGUCUUUUUGCCAAGCAAUCCUGUCUUAACUGCUGUUUUUAGUAAACCUUUUUUUUUUUUUUUUUUUUUUUUUUUUUUUUUUUUUAAUGUU